CUCGUGUCCUACACGGCGCCGCGGGGUCACGUGAUGCCCCUCGACCCCGCCCCCGUCGUCCUCAACGACUCCACCUACGACGGAUCCAGCGCCGGCCCGCUGCAGUUCGGGGGUCUGGGCCAGCUCUCGGACGGGGUCCUGGGCCUGGACGACUUCGUGCGGACCCGCGAGCGGCGGCUCUGGCCCGGCUACGACUACGUGGGGUGGCCCCGCCCCGCCGGGCCCCGGCCCCACCUGGAGCUGGAGUUCGAGUUCCAGGGGCUCCGCACCUUCCAGGCCAUGCAGGUGCACUGCAACAACCUGCACACGCGGGGGGUUCGCAUCUUCGGCGCCGCCGAGUGUCGCUUCAAGCGCAGCUUGGCCUCCGCCUGGGAGGACGCGGUGGCCACGCACAGCCCGGGGGCCACCCAGGACCCCCGCGCCCGCUCCGUCACCGUCCCCCUGGGCGGGCGCCGCGCCCGCUUCGUCCGCUGCCGGUUCUUCUUCGCUGCCGAGUGGAUGCUCUUCAGCGAGGUCACCUUCCUGUCGGACGCGGUGGAGGAGGGGGCGGGUUCCAGUGGGUGGCCCCCCCCGGCCCCGCCCCCCGACUCUUCCAGAGGGGGCGUGGCCUUCCCAGAAAACCCCUGGAGCUGGAACGGAGCCACCAACGGCACCACCCUGGCCCCCAAACUGGGCCAACCAAUGGCCAAGGCUGAGCCCGGCCACAGCUCAACCCUGAUUGGCUGCCUGGUGGCCAUAAUCCUGCUCCUAUUGGCCGUCAUCGCCCUCAUCCUCUGCCGGCACCGCUGGGGGCGGGCACUGGGAAAG